AUGAUAGAGAAUGAUAGACAAAUGAUAAAUGCACGUUUAUAUCCUCUUGGAUAUAAUGGCAUUGCAAUACUUUUAUGCUUAUCUUUAUAUGAUAAAAUCAUUCGGUCAGAUAUUCUUCAUUUAUCUAAUGCUUAUUCUUUAGCCAAAGAGUUUAUUGGAAUAGUGUUAAAUUUAUUAAGAAGAUCCUCUGAUCGUAUCCAGCAAGCAGAUAAGUCUGUAUUUGUUUUGCUUUACUUUGCUGAUCAUAUACAGAAACAUGUUUCUUUUGAUGAUUUAAAAAAAUACGUUCCUGGACCUUAUGGAAAUGAACAUGAAUUUCAAGCUAUCAGAAUUAUUGAGGUCCUAUCUUCUGCAGCUGCAACAUGUCCUGAUAGUUCAAUUCGAUAUUUAUUAUAUAAACUAAUAGAGAGAUUCAUUAACUCUGGGGAUGAUGAAGUUCGGGUCUUUUUUAUGCACCAACUACUUGAACAUUGCCCUUUCCCUUCUAUGAACACAGCUGCUAUUAGUCUUUUAAAAGAUCAAAUUGGAAACGCCUUUAAAAAUGAGCACUUUUCUAUUUUCAAAAGUCCAUAUGUGUUUAAGAACUUUUUUCCUCUUAUUUUCAAAUUGAAUUCAGAUCCAAAUUCAUAUUGGGAGAAUUACAAUUACAUAAUGCAAGCUUUAAAUUUAUAUUAUUAUUUGCUCAAUUUAGAUAGGAAGAAGAACAUUGUAAGUGAAACAAAAAGAAAAGAGCCCUUUCUUAUUUAUUUAUAA